AGGCGAUUGGUAUCAAUUGUAUCAAUGUUUAUUUACUUCACAUUACCACUGUGUAAAAAGUGCAAAUAGACUGUGACAUUGCCAUGAUGUUUGACAUGAAAUUAGAGCUCGAAGACUUGGAAAUAUGUCGCGGCUGCCUCAGCUCAGACAGGAAGCUGUUUUCUGUGGCUACCGACGAUUUACGCCCUCUUCUUACAGAAGACCAAUCACUAGAAUUGGAUCAUCAGGCAAGCAUAACUCUGUGUUGGGAGUGUCUGGCUCUGCUGCGCAAGACCCGCAAGUUCCAGGGACAGGUACAGAGGGCACACGCGAUUCUGCAAGAAUCCUUACAACUUCCACCAGCAAAACCUACAUUGUCAUCUCUUUCUGUCCACCAAAACUUUGAGUAUGAUGCAGUUUUUGAAGAAAGCACACCUGCUGAACUACCAAUUUCUUAUGAAACACCAGAAACUUAUAAAGUUAUUGUACCAACAAAAUACAAAAAUAAAGGUACUAAAAGCAGUAUAGAAAAUGUUAAAACCCUUAAAGUUGUUCUUAAUGAUAUUUAUGAAAAUGUGAAAUUUAAUAAUAAUAUUAAAAUUGAACAUCCCAAUGCUGAUAGUGAUGCUGACGAUAAUGAGUAUUUUGAACAUGAUGAUGGAAAUUUCAGUUCAUGUGAAGAUAUUACAGAAACCAAAAUUGAUGCUCGACAAAGUUUGCGAGAAGUUGCUAACAAUACAGUAGUAAAACAUUCAGAGAAACAAAAGAGAUCAAAAUUAACUAAAGAAAUUCCAAUAAUGAAAACCCCUGCAAUGCUGAAAAAAGCAAUUGUUACAAAACUAAAACUGCCAAUAAAAAUAAAAGCAAACCUGAUUGAGAAUUGUUCUAAUGAAAUAGAAAUUGGCACUACAAAUAACAUAGAUAAUAGUACAAAAGUAGAAAAUGAUAAUAGUGAUGAAGGCAGUCAAGAUGUCAAGGCUGUUGCUACAAAAAGAAAAAAACAUGCAAAGCUAGAUGAAGAUCCAGAUUUUAAAGUAGAGGAUAUUAAAGGAGAAAUUAGUUCUGAUGAUAAUGACGCACUUAUUGAAAUCGAUGAAAAUAAAGCAAAAGAUGACAAAGAAAAGCCGAUAAAGAAAAAGGAAAGAACAAUACUCACGCCAAGACUGAAAUACAAGAAAAUAUUUACAAAGUAUAAAAAAAUUGAAGAUGUUUUGCCAUUUUUCCAAGAAAUAGAAAUGAGUCAACAAGAUAUAAAACGUACUUUAGAAAAAGAUGAUGCAAUUGUUGACAAAAAGUAUCCUGUUAAAUGUAGCAUAUGCGGUAUGUUGCUUAUGUUUGUCAGAAGUUUGGACGCUCAUGCAUAUAGAUAUGAUCAUAGAAAAAAUUUUCCCGGUCAAAUAAUCAACAAACGGUUCGUCUACCCACCACUCGCGUUACCUCAGAAAUCCGUCUGGCGCUGCUGCGUUUGCGCCAGAAUGAUGCGCAAAGAGCACAUAGUCGCACAUAUGAAUAGAUACCACUGCAUGCAAUAUUUUUGUAUUGAUGACGGAUGUGAGUUGUACCAGAAGGACAAGAAGUACUUUUGGGAAAGUGCGGAUUGCGCACGACACUGGGACGAAGUUCACAAACAUUGCGUAUGUGACAUAUGUAAUAAACGUUUCACUAAAAAGAUGUCCUUGGCAGUUCAUAUCGUAGAAUCUCACCGGCCUCCUAAAGCGCCAAAACUCCUCCAAUGCCCCCUCUGCCUCAAGACAUUCACCACUCGUAAGAGGCUUUACUGCCAUAAGAAGGAACACAUGGAGCCGGAGAUAGUGCCGGCAGAGCUGCGGUACUGCGUCGAGUGUGACACCACCUUUAAGAAUAUCUUCACCUUCAAGUUUCACUUCCGCACCUUUCAUUCGGGACAGCCUAGGCCUAAGUAUCCGUGCACCGUGUGCGGCAAGAUGUUGCAACGCAAAUCAAGUCUUAAACUCCAUAUGGACUUCUUCCACAUCGGCGUUACUAAGUACCGUUGCCACAUCUGUGGAAAGUACCUGUUCAACUCAGGCUGUCUAAAAGAUCAUUUGAAUAAACACAACAAUAUAAUAUAUAAGAAACCCAAGAAGACUGUAACGUGCACCGUUUGCGGACGAGUGGUCCAGCACCAAAGAAGUCUUCAAGUCCACAUGCACACUCACACAGGCGAACGGCCGUACAAAUGUCCGCACUGUGAGUCUGCGUUCACACAACCCUUCGUGCUACGCAUGCAUCUGGCUAAACAUCAUAAUGUGAACGCGUCCGUACGAAUGAAUGGAGACAUAGUACCAGUGACGAAAACUGAUGGAUAGUAGAGAGUCAAUUUCUUAUUUUUAUCACAGAAUAAAUAAUAGUACUACCGUCAGGCUUGGCUCACUCCGCGAUUUCGUCGCUUUGCAACAGGUAGCUACAAGUACAUCCGUUUCACACCAAUUUUAGUGGCUAGCCAUAAGCCGCGCGUGGCGCUGUCGCCACCUAGCGGCCAUAUCAGUCCUAAUCGUAACAGACGCGUUUUGUUAGAGAGUGAAUCUUCUGUACCUAGUACUAUUAUUUAUUCUGUGCUACCGUACAGAAAGGAAACUUCCUACAAAACCGAAGUUUGACAGCGGUUCAGGGUCGAAUCAUGCUGUCUUUCUAAUAUAUGGCACUAUCCCUUUCGGCAAUUUAGGGUUGUCAAAAUUCAAGCCAUUAUGUUAUCUGUGGUCGUGCACACAAAGGGACGUCAAGUUGUGUCAACCCUAAUAAUUGCUCGGAGCAAUGCUGAGACGAACGGAGCCGAGUUUGCCCGAAGGAAGGAGUUUCCCACCCCUGUUUUUAUCCCACGACGCAAAAAGAGGAGUGUUAUGGGUUUGACCUCUAUGUCUGUGUGUCUGCCUGUGGAACAGUGUAGCUCUUAAACAGGUGAACAUGUCUUAUCAAAGUUUCAUCCGUUUCAUUGCGUUGGUUUUUUUUAACUAAUGUUUAAUUUAUAAAUUUAUAUGAAGUUAUUGGAGUCGUAGAAAUUUAAAUUUCCAUUUAAAUUUCACACCAUUUAAGAUCAAUCGGACGUCCGGAAAUCGUUCUAAUGUAGGUUCCGAGAAUUACUACACCCACCUACUAAUACGGCAGUGAAAUAAAUGUCUGUGAAAAGAAUAGGCCCCGUUGCAUUAUUUGAACUUGGAUUACUCUAUAACUAUAAAGAUUGUAUUUAUUGUAUAAGUAUUGUAUAGAAAAAGUUUUAGAUCCAGAAAUAGAUUAUCGACAAGGAAUUGAUUUUCCCAUAUAAAUAUGCUAUUUUCAACCAAAAGGGUACUUAUUGUCGGUUGUCAAAUGUUGUCAAUAAGGCACUAUUUCCAUAUAGAUUCCGACAACCGACAAUGUGGUACCAAUUGGU